AUGCCUACCCUCGAAGAACCAAAGAAUGAGGCCCGCCUGCUGCUCGUUUCGAACCGUCUGCCUAUCACCAUCAAGCGCUCCGAAGAUGGCAAAUAUGAUUUCUCCAUGUCCUCUGGAGGUCUGGUGAGCGGUCUGAGCGGUCUGUCCAAGUCGACCACUUUCCAGUGGUAUGGCUGGCCCGGUCUGGAAGUGCCAGAGCCUGAGAUCCCUGAGGUCAAGCGGCGCUUGAAGGAUGAGUACGGUGCCGUCCCGGUCUUCAUCGACGACGAAUUGGCCGAUCGUCACUACAAUGGAUUCUCUAACUCUAUCCUUUGGCCUCUUUUCCACUACCACCCCGGUGAGAUUACCUUUGAUGAGUCCGCCUGGGAGGCAUACAAGCAAGCGAACCGUCUUUUCGCCAAGGCUAUUGCGAAGGAAGUCAAGGACGGCGAUUUGAUCUGGGUCCACGACUACCAUUUGAUGCUGCUGCCCGAGAUGCUGCGCGAGGAAAUCGGCAACAGCAAGCAGAAUGUCAAGAUCGGAUUCUUCUUGCACACGCCUUUCCCCAGUAGUGAGAUCUACCGGAUUUUGCCUGUGCGCAAUGAGCUUCUCUUGGGCGUCUUGCAUUGCGAUCUGAUUGGGUUCCACACUUACGACUACACCCGCCAUUUCUUGAGUAGUUGCUCACGUCUAUUGGGCCUUGCGACGACGCCGAACGGGAUCGAAUUCCAGGGCAAGAUUAUCACCUGCGGCGCUUUCCCGAUCGGUAUUGACCCCGAGAAAUUCACCGAAGGUUUGAAGAAGGAAAAGGUUCAGAAGCGCAUCGCGAUGCUUGAGCAGAAGUUCCAAGGCGUGAAGCUUAUGGUUGGUGUUGAUCGUCUGGAUUACAUCAAGGGUGUGCCGCAGAAGCUGCAUGCGCUCGAGGUCUUCCUCAGUGAUCACCCGGAGUGGGUUGGUAAAGUCGUCCUGGUACAGGUCGCGGUACCGAGUCGACAGGACGUUGAAGAGUACCAGAACUUGCGAGCGGUGGUGAACGAGCUGGUUGGCCGCAUCAACGGCAAGUUCGGCACGGUUGAAUUCAUGCCCAUCCACUUCCUUCACAAGUCUGUCAACUUUGAUGAGCUCAUCGCUCUCUACGCUGUCUCCGAUGCUUGCAUUGUUUCUUCGACCCGCGAUGGCAUGAACUUGGUUGCCUACGAGUAUAUUGCGACCCAACAAAAGCGCCAUGGUAGCCUUGUGCUAUCCGAAUUUGCUGGUGCCGCCCAGAGUCUCAACGGCAGCAUCAUUGUCAACCCCUGGAACACGGAAGAGCUGGCUGGUGCAUACCAAGAGGCCGUGACCAUGAGUGACGAGCAGCGCGCUUUCAACUUCGCCAAGUUGGACAAAUAUGUGUCCAAGUACACCAGUGCAUUCUGGGGUCAAUCCUUCGUCACCGAGCUCACCCGGAUCUCAGCCCACUCCGCCGACAAAUUUCAAGCCAAGAAACUCGUGACCCCAGCCGAGGAAGCUCCAGAAGCGUAG